CUCGCACACUCUGGAGCUCUCAGCGCUGAACUUGACGCGCAUCAUCGUCCGUCGUUCGCCUGUCGGCGCGACUUUCCGUCCGACAAGCGGCAUUUCGCAGAGCUACGGCUCGGAGUCCGAGACCUCAAUUGAGUGAGCGAGUCGCCGACAGGUCGGGUCUCCGCACUACCCCGGUCACUGUCCGCUCCUGUAAUACAGCUAAGCGGUCCAGCUCCGCUCUUCACGCCUGUCGUUAUCCAUUUGAUACUUCGUCGCAUGCACGCCACGAGUUCCAGCACGCAAAGCGGAGGCAGCCCCGUCACGGAGGACGAGGAGUCCAUGUCGCCCUUCUCGUCGCCAUCCUCCGCCUCUACGGACGGUGCUAGCUUCGCGCAGUUGCUACAACGCGCAGCUCAGACUGGAGACGUGAAGAAGAUCGUCAAGCUUGUCCAGACGGCUCGCAACAGCGCCCCCUCUCCGUCGCCCAGCAUUGAUAUCAUCAAAAGGCCCUCUUCCUCCUCGUCAUCGGAGACUUGGAUCGACACUGCAGAUGAAGACGGCUUCACAGCACUGCACCUCGCUUGUGUUGGCGGCCACGAUGACGCCGUGCAUGAACUGCUGAGGCUCGGCGCCCACUUGGAAGUCCCAACCCCUGAGGGAUUUACCGCCCUCAUGUUCGCAGCAUGGUCUGGGUCGCUCUCGCUCGUACAAACGCUAGUCUCCCACGGAGCUGAUGUAAUGGCACGCGACGUGGACGGCAACGAUGCUGCCUUUAUUGCCACGAUAAACGAGCACGCCAGCGUGGCCAAGUUCCUGGAGAAGGUGGGAAACCCGGAGGACCCACCGAAGAAGCCGCACAGUUCGUCCUCUUCCAUUUCCCCCGAGAGCUCCCCGGGUAAAUCGAUAAAGUCCAGCAACUCCAGCGCUUCGACGGGAAUUGAAGGCAGCGGGAUUGGCAGCAGUUGCAGCAGCUCGUCAGCGUGCUCGUCGCCGGAGCAGCUCGCAGGAAAGAUUUUGCUCACAGAAGAAACGAGCCCCUCGGGCGACGCUGACGGUUCUACACCAUUACACGUUGCGGCUAUGCACGGACAAUUGGAGACCGUGAAGGUGCUUCUGGCUCGCGGUGCUUGUCUGUCGGCUGCGCUGCCAGGUGGUGCAACUGGAUUACACUUGGCAUCGGCAUCGGGCUUUGUUGAUGUGGCCUCGUACCUGAUUGACAAGGGGUUACCGGUCGAUGAGACCACAGUAGCUGGCACUACCCCUCUGCAUGAAGCUGCAUACCAGGGACACGUGGAGGUGGCCGUCCUACUGCUGGACCGUGGAGCCAACGUGAAUGCAGCGACUGAACGCGGCACGACGCCACUGCAUCGAGCAGCCGAAAAAGGUCACGUGCAGAUUGCGGAACUACUGAUUGCCCGUGGAGCACACAUCGAUGCUGUGACGACGGAUUAUCUAGCUGCGGUUGCAAAAAGCGAGGCAGCGGGCGAUAGCUCUCGGCAGCGACGGCAUCGGAGGCGAAAGAAAUCGUCGCGAUCACCGGAUGAGCUCGAGAAAGAGGCCUCGUCUUGCAGGUCUAACCAAGUCGCGCUGUGUCUGGCAGCCAAAAAUGGUCACCUGGAUAUGGUACAGUACCUGCUGACACGAGGCGCGGCUAACGUGACGGACCUUGCAGCGCUUGAGCCGUCAAGGCACCCAAUUAUGCUGGCAACUCGACGAGGCCACUUGGGGAUCGUGCGCUUCCUGCUCGCUCACGACGAAUGCGCGUCCAGCUUGCCCGACGCAGCGCCCCGCGUGCUGUGCUGUGCAGCGGAGCAUGGCUAUCUGCAGAUGGUGGAGCACGCGCUAGCUCGUGGAGCCGAUAUUGAGGCAAUUAGUAGCAAGAAGCAAGCAACGCCGUUAGUACUUGCCGCUCGACAGGGUCACCUGGCCGUCGUGCUCCACCUUCUGUGGGGCGGUGCGAAGCUCGACGCUACUACAUCGUCCACCGGCUACACGGCGUUGCAUUAUGCAGCUAAGCAUGGCCAUCUCACGGUUGUCAACAGCUUACUCCUCAAUGGUGCUGAUGUUGACGCUGUUUGUGCGCAGCGCCAGUCGUCACCACUCCACUUGGCUGCUGAAUCCGGCCAUGGAGACGUGGUGCGUUGCCUGUUAUCCUUUGACGCUAGUGUUGAUGCCGAGAAACAUCCCGGUACUAUGACAGCUCUGCACAUUGCUGCUGAGCGUGGACAUGUAGGAGUGGCGCGCGAGCUGCUGGCACAUGGAGCACGACUCGAAGCGCAGGCGCAAAACAACUUGCGUGCACUAUUCAUUGCAGCGUAUUGCGGCCACAAGGACAUCGUCGAGCUACUGCUCGAUCACGGCGCCGAGGCGGAAGCCCCAUCGGGCACCAACAAGACCACGCCACUGCGCGGAGCUGUAUCGAAGGGCCGGACCGACGUCGUUAAGCUGCUGCUGGCUCGAGGCGCCGACGUCAACGCUACGCAGCUAACAGAUGGAACUACAAGCUUGCACAGCGCGGCUGCUAAUGAUUUCGGAGGCAUUCUAAAAAUGCUAGUGGCGGCUGGCGCUGAUCCUGACCGAGAGGAUCGAGAAGGACGCACCCCAAUGGACUACGCAGCGUCGGACCCAGUUCGGCUACAAUUGCGUCUUGCGCUGCUCAAGUCUCAUUGGCAAAAGCAGGAAGAAGGACGGAAGUGA